AUGGCCGACGUUAACGUUGAUGUCCUCGUUAUUGGCAUGGGACCUACUGGUCUCGGUGCUGCCAAGCGUCUCAACCACAUUAACGGCCCUUCAUGGCUGAUUGUCGAUUCCUCUGACAAAGCUGGUGGUCUUGCUGGCACUGACACCACUCCGGAGGGUUUCCUGUACGACGUCGGUGGCCACGUUAUCUUCUCCCACUACAAGUACUUCGACGAUUGCCUGGACGAGGCCCUCCCCAAGGAUGAUGACUGGUACACUCACCAGCGAAUCUCCUACGUUCGCUACAAGGGCCUUUGGGUUCCUUACCCCUUCCAGAACAAUAUUUCCAUGCUUCCCAAGGAGGACCAAGUCAGCUGUAUCGAGGGCAUCAUUGAUUCUGCUCUUGAGUGCCGUGUUGCCAACACCAAGCCCAAGGACUUUGACGAGUGGAUUGUCCGUAUGAUGGGUGAGGGUAUCGCCAACAUCUUCAUGCGACCUUACAACUACAAGGUCUGGGCCGUCCCUACCACCAAGAUGCAAUGUCAGUGGCUCGGUGAGCGUGUCGCUGCCCCCGAUGCUAAGCUUGUUACCAAGAACGUUAUCCUCAACAAGGUCGCUGGUAACUGGGGCCCCAACGCUACUUUCCGAUUCCCCGCCCGUGAUGGUACCGGUGGUAUCUGGAUUGCCGUCGCUGAGACCAUUCCUAAGGAGAAGAAGCGAUUCGGCAAGCAGGGUGAGGUCACCAAGAUUGACGCCGAGAAGAAGAUUGCCUACUUCGCCGAUGGCAGCACAAUCGGUUAUAACAAGCUCAUUAACACCAUGGCCGUUGACCACCUCGCCGAGAAGCUCGGCAAUCAGGAGCUUGUCGGCCUCACCAAGCAGCUUUACUACUCCACCACCCAUGUUAUUGGUGUCGGUAUCCGAGGCGAGCGCCCUGAGCGUAUCGGUGACAAGUGCUGGCUGUAUUUCCCCGAGGACAACUGUCCCUUCUACCGUGCCACUAUCUUCUCUAACUACUCCCCCUACAACCAGCCUCAGAAGGAUGCCAAGCUCCCCACGCUUUACCUCGCCAAUGGUGAGAAGCCUGCGUCUUCCGAGGCUAAGGAGGGACCUUACUGGUCUAUCAUGUUGGAGGUUUCCCAAUCUACCAUGAAGCCUGUCGAUGUUGAGAACCUCCUUAAGGAUAGCAUCCAGGGUCUCAUCAACACCGAGAUGAUCAACCCCGAGGACGAGAUCGUCUCUACUUACCACCGUGCUUUCGACCAUGGUUACCCCACCCCCAGCCUCGAGCGUGAGGGCGUCCUCAAGCAGGUUCUCCCCAAGCUCGAGGCUAUGGACAUUCUAUCCCGUGGUCGAUUCGGCAGCUGGCGAUACGAGGUCGGUAACCAGGACCACUCCUUCAUGCUCGGUGUUGAGGCCGUUGAUGCUAUCCACAGCGGUGCCGUCGAGCUGACACUCAACUACCCUGACUUCGUCAACUCCCGCCAGAACACUGAGCGACGCCUCACUCAAAACUUCAUUGUGGCUCCUCCUCAGACCAACGGCACCAAGGAUAUUCCAAGCCACUCCAAGGCUCAGUAA